CAAUGAUCGCCAUCCUGAUCCACUUCGGACAUGUCGACCAUCGAAUACUCACUCGGGCCGUCCUUCGACUGUCCCUUCGGAUGGCCAGCCGAGCCGAGCUACCCCAUCGACCCCAUCAAUCAAACCACCGCCACAGCCAUCCCACACCAUCUCGCCUCUUCUCCCGAGCGACCCUCACGGAAAACGCCCUCGGAUCUCCUCCAGACGUGGGACUCGAUCUUCUCGUGUCGGUCGACCGAUCAUGACGAGCCAAUCGACCAACUGGCGACACUCCUCAAUAGGCUCUAUCUCGAGGCCGUCUACCUUCCCGAAACAUCUGCCGUCGAGCGUUUUGCAGCCCGGGUACGGAACUCGGAAGAGGGUUUCGAGGAGGAGGCUCUGCUAGGACUGUACGAGUCAUUCAUGAUCCCCGAGGAAGCUUUGGUCCGGAAGUGGGGCACUGAGAUGGGGAAGAUCGCACGGGUGUACGAGGCACGGAGUAAGCGCGCGGUCGACGGAGACGAGGAGCAGGAAGAAGAAGAAGAUGAGGAGGGAGAGGCGAUCGUGGUGGAGAAUGACGAGGAGCUCUUCCAUCUCAACGAACCCGAAGCCUUCGCUCUCGUCCUCCAACAAUUCUUCAGCCCUGCUCAACCCGACCUCUGUCGUCCUCUCGCCGGCUCUCAUCCCGUCCCAGACUCCACCAAGGUCGCCUUCAUCAAACCCGACUCGAUCGCUCAGCAGCUCGAGGUUUGGGGUACCAGGGACUCAAGUUGA